CACCGGAGUGCAGGCUGUGCUUGCUUCAUUGAAAUAAUCGUAAAUUUUGUAUGAACUUCAUGCAGAUAAAUGAGGAUGAGCGCGUAACGCGCAAGUUUCUUGGCCGUAGGUGAACCGUGGGCCUGUCCGAAGCGAGGCCUUGGCAAAGUUGACACGGCCAUGACGACUGGAACUCAACUCACAUAUAGAUACUAAUAAGACCCCCAAGCACGCGCUGCGGGGGGCGUCGAUCCACGUGCGAAUGCAAGCAUUGCCUAAACGCGGGGCCGUUUGCAUGCGCUGCUCAACAAAUUGAAAGUAUACUGCUUAACUACCCAUCUCACUUGACAUGGCUAACCUUACCACAGGCAGCGGCGCGGGCAUUUGGGUCAAUGCCCCAGCGCGACGAGCUUGCCAAAUACUUGCACCCAGACUCGCUACACCACCUGGAAGCCUAAGGGGCUCUGGCGCCAGCACAGCGUCUGCCCACGCGGCAGCGCCCGCACCGCGGCGCCAACACCCGCGCAGGUCGCAGGAGCCCAGGGCACGAAGCGUACUAGUCCGGACAUCCGAGCACUGGUGGGAGGACGAGGAGGAGUUUGACGCCAUUACAGAGAUUGUAAUUCCCAAGCAGCUGCACCUGGCGGUGGUGGCCACCGGCGCGGGCACGUCUCAGGUGGAUUGGGUGGUGGUGAGCGAGGCGGCUGAGGCGGCGGUCAAGUCCAACGCAGGCGGCAAGUUCGCCUCGGGGUUCACAGGACAGCCGAGCAAGGCGCAUGCGGACGCGCUAUGGAGCCGGCUGGGUCAGGACGGGGCACCCUUCUUCAAAAAGUGCCGCGUGCGCGACUCGCUCUCCACCCUGGAGGCCGCGGACGCCAGUGCCGAGCAGGUGUCGUCUGCGGCGGAGGCGCUGUGGACGGAGCUGUGCGGCCAGACGUGGCGGCCGGAGCUCGACUAUGGAGUGGCGGGCGGCGACGCCAACCCCACCGACCAGCUGCUGCUGGCGUGCAACAGCCUGGCUGCAGAGCGGCUGCUGGCGCACGCCGGCCUGGCUGCAGACGCGGCGGCGCGCGCGGCCGGUUACGUGCGGGUGGCCGUGCCGGGUUACAACGCGGCGGAGGCGGCGGCGCCGCUGGAGAGCUGGCGGCAGCUGGGGCCGCACUUGGCGGAUGGCGCGUCGGCAAAGGCGGGCAUGGCCUCGGCGGCGCGGUGAUGUGGUGGUGGUGUUGCGGGCGCGUGUGAUGCAGCUGUGUGGCGUGCUUCCUGGUGGGGAAUACAAUUUAGCCUAGUUCGGAUGAGGCUGCGGGUGGCCAAGUGCCUGGGUAGAGUUGCUUGGUAGUGGGUUAUUACAGAUUUACAGCACCCACCCAGCGGACAGUGCCGGGCCGACCAAGCGGCAUCCGCGGCUCUUGCCAUCGCCGCAUGCUCAUUCUGCAAUCAAUCAAUCAUCAGUAUGUGUGGUGUACGCCUAGUAUAGACAGUAGAUCCCGUAUUCAGGACGGUCUAAGAGGGCAGGUCUGACACCUCACGCACAGCGCAGACCUAGGCUGGACGGCAUACAGUAUAUGGACCCAUUCAGGAUACAUGUAGCAUACAAAAGGCAUUGCAACUUGUCCGAGUAGCUAACUCGGCCGCAUGAGUGAGGGGAAAAUAUUCAGACCCCUCAUGGUGGUGCCGCCCCCGUAUGAUGUGGACCCCGCAGCGCUACAUCGCAACCCGACUCCCAGUCGACUUCCCGACGUAAUCCGGGGAAAAGCGUCCGGGGGAAACCUGUCAAACCCGCAUUGGCCCAGCCCUACCGCGUGCGUCUAAAGCUAACUGCAACUACCGUAUGUACCCCACGGCCCCAUCACGGCAUUACAGACGCCGCCUUCACCGCCUCCCCUGCAGCACCAUGGGGCGCCCCUGUGCUGCUGCUUGCACAAACACGCUAGCUCGCCUGGAUGCACACAUCCGAGAUCCGUGCAGACACCCAGUGCAACGUAGUUACACACACAUACACACGCGCGCGCGUGCACACAAACACACACACACACAGCGUGUGGAACACUAAUCCCCCCUCGAGGUUAGAGUAGCGGGGGUUGCGCGAUUUCCGGUUGGUAAGACCGGUGGCUCACCGCAGCAGGUAUGCGAGGUAACUUCAGGUAACAUCCGUAAACCGUCGCUUCGCUGCAUCGCAUACACUGUCUUUGCGCAACGUUUUCCUUGUGCUCUUUAACAC